AUGGAAACCGAAAGCUCUCCUGCUCCAUCACGUUGCUAUCAUUUUCUUCGUAAAGCUGUCCCUAGCUUCGUAUGCGUUGUCUUAUUUCUUCUUCAGGCGAUAGUUUUAGACUAUAUUGUGAUCAAACGUGUAUCUGUUCAAUACGCAGGCUGGCUGGUUUCCGAUUUCAUUAAUUUAGUCUUGCUUAUGAGCAUCACUAUCAACCCGUGUUUGAAAAUAUGUAUACACAACAAACACAGGUUCAAAAUGGUUGACAAUUUAUCUUGGCUUGCGUGGUUAACCAUCAGCCUCAAUGUUAGCAUCAAGGUCAUUUUUAUAGUUGAGCGAAAAGAAAACAUGGAACUUAUGAAAAAUUCGUUUUAUAGUUCAAAUACUUUUAAAACAGCCGUGGCGCUGGGGAGUUGUAUAUAUCCGCUGCUGUUGUACACCCAGCACGAUGCUCCUCGAUGCAGUCCUGAAUGGAAGUACAUCGACGACUUGACCGACACGGUGGUCUUCGAUAUUUUGGACACGGCUGACAUCUUGGACGUCUUCUUUGACAUGGAGGACCGCAGCUUGUUGUGGGACGGGUUAGAGGAGAUCAUUCUGGCGCAGUCGGUGCUGAAUCUGGUCUUACCCACCGUUCCUCUCUUGACGCUGUGCUGCACGGGGUUCGGGAAGACAAGGAUCAGCAAACAUUUGGUUUACAUUCACCGGUUGCUAGUCGUGCUUGUGGUCAAUGUCCCCAACCUCGUCACUCGCUUUGUGCUAUGGCACGGCGUCAAUGUCGGCAUUUCCCCGUUUGUUCUCAAGAACAUUAUCCUCAUUUGUAUUUUUCUAUCGAAGUGCUGCGACGAGGCAGAUGACGAUUGUAAUGAUGUUGAAAUUACUUCUGGAACUCAGACCGACAAUGUCUUACGACCCGGCACAUCAAUUCCAUAGUCAACGAAACUACCUUAACUGAUCGAACGCCACAUCAUUCCACUACUAGAUCCUUGCAACGUACAAAAAGCUUACCCAUUUUACAGACUAAUAAUACUGGUCUACGGAUAUGUUGUCAACACGCACUCGCUCGGGUACC